CCCAAGCGCAUUGAAUCGGUGCGGCUUCUCCUGUGGCUGGGAUUGGCCAGGGCCGCAGUCGCCGCCUCCUUGCGUCUGCUAUGCUACCGAGGAGCUUCGCCGGGGCAGGCCGGGCAGCUGACGCUGCAGUCCGCGGUUCGGGGGCCCGUUGGCUCUCCAGCUGGAACUGCUGCCCCAGCCUUCCCGGAGGAGGCAGUGUUCCUCACAGGCACCAUGGCCGAGUGGGGGCUGGUGACAGCCGAAGAGAGUCAGGGAUGGACCACCUGGAGAGGGGCUCUCAAGCAGGUGCGGGCACCACCAGGCAGCCCAAGAUCUCCCUUCCCAGUGGGGGCCCCUCAGAACCCCUGUACCCUCUACCACCUGAGCUCCAGCCCCCGACAAAUUGCUGUAUGAGCGGCUGCCCUAACUGUGUGUGGGUGGAAUAUGCAGAGGCACUGCUGCAGCACUACAGGGAUGGUGGGAAGCGAGCCCUGGCUGCUCUGGAGGAGCACGUAACAGAUGAGAACCUCAAGGCCUUCCUCAGGAUGGAGAUCCAGCUCCGCACACGUGGUGGUGACUGAGACAUCUUCACCCUGGACAGAGACACUAACCUGGCAGCGCCUGCUCAGGAAGCAGCAAUUAGGUGCAAUUGUUUAUUGACUUGAUUAUGUUUAUUGAUUGUUUAUUGCACCAGCAAUAGGUGCAAUUGUUUAUUAACUUUUUCUGAAAAUAAAUACAUUCACCAUGGUGGUUAAA